AUGAGCGACUUCGCCAGGGAGGCAUUCACCUUGUUAGGUUUAGCAAUUAUAAUUAUCGGCCUUCGCACCGCUGCACGAUGGUACAUGGUCGGGCCUCGAAACUUCCAAGCUGAUGAUUAUCUAAUGCUACUAGCGUGUGUGGUGUACGGCCUUGAAACCGCUGCAGCAUAUAUUGUCGGAGCGUGGUUCGACGGACUGGCAAACAAUUCCAUGACCGAUGAACAACGGGCGAGUAUAUCUCCACACUCCAAAGAAUAUCAUUUACGUGUUGGCGGAUCAAAGGUUCAAGUGACUGGCUGGUCCCUGUAUACUCUUUUGCUAUGGCUGCUCAAAACAUGCCUGGCUAUCUUUUAUUCUCGAUUGACAAUGGGGUUGUUUAACAUGAGAAUCCGAAUACAUCUUGCCUACGUGUUAAUAGGCUCAACAUACAUUGCCACUGUUUGCUCAAUCCUGUUCGGCUGUCACCCUAUGCACAAAAAUUGGCAGAUAUAUCCAGAUCCGGGAAACGUUUGCCAGCCUGCUGUGUCCAAGAUUGACAUAUACGUGACAGUAAUCCUUAAUGUCAGUACAGAUAUUUAUCUGAUCAGCAUUCCAACCCCGGCAGGUCCUAACGGUGCUGAGGCGGCAGGCAGCUGGGCUUGUCGCGAAACAUUUGUCGCUGUCGUUAUUGGAAAUGUGCCAAUGAUAUAUCCACUUUUACGGCGCCUCGUUCGUCGGCAGGGGCUUUUUUCCAUCAGCAAUGGUGAUUCAUACGAGCUUUCUGAAGGAUUUACUGCUAGCUCUUCAAGCAAGCGUAAGAAGAAGUUCCGGCAUCCCUUGUCGUUGCCAACGGAGAUUCAGUGGAAUACGGCCAGCGACGAGCAAAUGAUUUUACCUUCUUCUCAUCAACCACUGCCUACAUAUAAGGGGGAUGUUGGAGACUGGGACACGAGCAGUCAUCCUAGCAACAGUGGCAGUAUCAAAGUCGUACAAGGAACCAUCGUGCACAGCGCGGAGAGGGAUCGAUGA